GUACAGGUGGAGAAGUGAUGUACUGUAGGUAUGUGUAUGUGGCAGCAGACCCUGCAGCUGUCUGCACAGCAGAGAUUUAAGGUCUGACAUGGGUGAGCCCUGUGGCUCAAUAGCACUAAAAGGCUCAUCCUGUCUAAUGGGGUUUCUCUAUGACGCAAGCAAGGACAGGCAACCCUCCCCUUCUUUUAGCCUGACAUACAAUCUUACACAGACACACCUACUGUGUGGUUUCAGUGCACACACACACAUACUGCACACAGCGCAUACAUGAAAAGGAGAGGAACUGAGACGAUUGUGCACGACAAACAGUUGUGUAAUUGCUUUUGAAAAACGGCUCUUGUCGGAGGCUGUCAUCGAUUGAUCUUUGCUGAGGACAACUUGUUUACUCAGUGUGUGGGUGGAGGUCCGUGCAGGCAGCAGUGAUCAUUACUGGACUCUGGUAUCACUUUGUUAACUUAAUAUGGUUUGAUGUUUCACUCUGGUGGGGCCGGACGAUGUUUGUUGUAUUUACCUAUUACUGCAAACCACAAUAAACAAUGCAAAAUUUAAAGUCAGGAGGAAAUAAAUGGCAGAGUUUAAAAGCGAUUAAUGCAUUCUUUGAACAGAGUUGACUCAUAUUGCGAAGUUAAAAAAAAGAAAGAAAGAAAAAUAAAGUGACAGAAGUUUAUUUCACCUCAUAUUGUUAGAAAUCAAUUAAAAAAAACUUCACAUUACAUAAGCUGAAUGUAGUUGGUUUAUACUGAGCUGGAGCUCGGUGGGUGUAGUGCUGGAGUUGGUGCCAUACAAACAGCCUUAUGAAUGAAGAGUUCCAGAGUGCGUCAUUCUGUAGUAUACAGCCCUCCCCAGCAGAUGGCCCCGCCAGCAAGUGCUUGGCUGGUAGGGUCGAUGGUGUUGGGGGGCUCUUAUUGAUUUGGCAUUUGAGGUACUGCACGCAAUGUAACAUUUUUGGAUGUUUUUUUAUUGCUGGUGAUGCUUCUCUACAGCGACCAGUUCACUUUGCUUCUGACUUAAUUAAUGACAUCAAUGCAAAUUGGGGAUAGCAAAUGGUCAAAAUGACUGGUGGAUUUUGUGAAUGGAGCACUUAGUGACUGAGGAAUGACGUCAGCACAAAGCUCAUAUCUCUCAUAGUGAGCCAGGACUGAGGAGAGGCUUCCUAUUGGCUGAGCACAGUAUCAGAGUGAUCUGAUUGGUUGCCGGUGGAUAAUUAAACACCUACACAGUCAAUGCACAAAUCCAAGUGGUGGGAUAUAUAGGCUGGUGCGUUGGCGCUGCAUGCAACAGAAUCAAGAGUAGUUCUGCAAGUUUAGAGAAAGUCAACUUGUUGUGUUUUGCAUAGAAAUUCUUAUAUAUAUAUACUUAUUUUUGCUGGAAGAUUAUCUCUGAAGGGAACCAUGGUUAUGUUGAAGAUCUCUGCUUUCCUCGUUGCCUACGCCCUGGUCAUCUGCCAGAUGUACUGCUCACAAGCCGCCCCUGCCAGACCGGGUUUAGAGUCCAUGUCAGACCGAGUCACGCUCACGGACUACGAGGCACGAAGGUUACUCAAUGCCAUUGUGAAAGAGUUUGUGCAGAUGACAGCGGAGGAACUGGAGCAGCAGGCAUCUGAAGGAAACAGCAGCGUUACAGCACAGAAGCGAGCCUGCAACACCGCCACCUGUGUGACUCAUCGACUGGCAGACUUCCUCAGCAGGUCAGGAGGGAUGGGCAACAGCAACUUUGUCCCCACCAACGUUGGUGCUAAGGCUUUUGGCAGGCGGAGGAGAAGCAUCCAGAUGUAAGCACCGCAGAACCUUCCUGGAAAUGGUUGAAAAACAGAAAACAACAGAAAAAACAGCAAACAGAAACCAACAAAGCAAAAUCAAGCAGAAAAUAAAACACUGAACUGGCCCUUUACCCACUCUCACUCACAUUUCUAAGGAAAAAAAAAAUAUCACCACAGGAAUCUUGUCCCUAUUUCCAUCCUGGUAGUGAUGUGUUUAGCUUUUGUCAAAAAAAGAAGAAAAAAAAAAGCACUUUAAUUUAUGUACAUGAAAAAAUGAAGUCCUGCAGAAAAAUAAGACAUUCUCCUGGAUCCUCAUUUAUUUUUAAUACAAUGCUAUCAUUGGAAAAUAAACUGAAAGCAGCAGUGGCUAUCAGCUAAUUUGUGUUCCUCUCCUCAGCUGGUUAGAGCACACUUUCUUCCUUGCGAUGCUUCCCAUCUAUGAUCCAUCCUCCCCACUCUACCAUGUUUCCCCAUCCUCCCAAGGGUUCCCUGUUUUUUUGUGUGCCACAGGGACGCCAUUAAAGAUCAGCCUACCCAAGGCCCCCCCACAACGGCUGUUGUCUUGUGCCUUGAUGUAGAACAAUUUACAUGAUUGUACAGUUCUGUUUUGAGAUGAUAAAGAAGACCUGAGCAAGGAUGAAGAGAAAGAAGACAGAUUAAUAUUGUAAAAAAAAA